UUGGUCGCGCGGGCCUUCAAUUGAUUCGGCAGCUAAGCUACAAUUUUCCAGAAGAUGCGCGCUCACGGAAUCAAAAGAAUAAAACGAAGAACAAAAACUUCCAAGAAACUAUAUCUUCUAUCCAAACUUGGAUAAAAAAAAAUAUUCAAGUAACUUCUCCGUAGUUUGAACGGUGUACAAUUUCUUUUAUUUAACUACUAGUACUACUAUUGCUCUCAAACGUUCCCAAGACCCAGCUAGUGCCAGUCUCUCUGAUGAAUUCGCCGAACAAGGACGAAGAUGAUGUUCCGGUUAAAGACCCGGUAAAAUACGGCGAGCUGGUCAUAUUGGGGUACAAUGGCUCUCUGCCAAGUGGGGACCGGGGCAGGAGGAAGAGCCGCUUUGCUCUGUACCGGAGGGCCAAGGCCAACGGGGUCAAACCCAGCACUGUCCACAUCCUCAACACACCACAGGACAGCAAGGCGGUCCACAGUAGAGGGCAGCACAGCAUCUCUUUCACUCUGUCCCGUAACCAGACAGUGGUGGUGGAGUACUGCCACGACAACGACACGGACAUGUUCCAGAUUGGACGCUCUACAGAAAGUCCCAUAGACUUUGUUGUGACGGACACGUCAGGAGAGGGUAAGGAGGGCGAGGACCCCUCGGUGGCCCCCAGCACCAUCUCCCGCUUCGCCUGCCGAGUGGUGUGCGAGCGUGCCCCCCCCUACACCGCACGCAUCUACGCUGCUGGCUUCGACUCCUCCAAAAACAUCUUCCUCGGGGAAAAGGCCACCAAGUGGAAAAACCCUGACGGCCACAUGGAUGGUCUGACCACCAACGGGGUCCUGGUGAUGCAUCCAGAGGGCUUCCCCGAGGACAGCCGCCAGGGCCUGUGGAGGGAGAUCUCCGUCUGCGGGGACGUCUACGCCCUCCGGGAGACACGCUCCGGACCCAGUCGGGGGAAACUGGCGGAGGGAGAGAGCAGCGCCCUGCGCGAUGGCUCCCUGGUGGACCUGUGUGGGGCCACUCUACUGUGGCGGACCGGAGAGGGCCUGCUCCGCGCUCCCACCCUCCGCCACCUGGAGGCGCUGCGGCAGGAGCUCAACGCUGCCCGGCCACAGUGUCCUGUAGGCCUCAGUACCCUGGCCUUCCCCAGCCUCCCCCGCAGCCACAGUCUGGAGGAACGCCAGCCCUGGGUCUACCUCGCCUGCGGACACGUGCACGGCCGCCACGACUGGGGCCAGCGCCCGGAGCGUCGGGAGGAGAGAGGGGGAGAGGGGGAAGGAGGGGUCUCCACGGUCCGCCGGGAGUGCCCCUUAUGCCGGAGCGUGGGUCCCUACGUGCCCCUGUGGCUGGGCUGCGAGCCGGCCGUGUACGUGGAUGCCGGAGCGCCCACGCACGCGUUGGUACCCUGUGGCCACGUGUGUUCAGAGAGGACAGCCAAGUACUGGGCGGACACCCCGUUGCCCCACGGGACCCACGCAUUCCGGCCCACCUGCCCCUUCUGCUCGGCCCCUCUCAGCAACUCACCGCCGGGCUGGACGCGCCUCAUCUUCCAAGGUCCCAUCGACUAGCCAGGUACCCCUCGUGUCACCGCUACUACGCAACUACAACAGUGGAAUCAACCGUCACUAAGCCAAGGGCCCGAUAGUAACCUGAGAAAUAGUGCGUAUCUAACUUUUACAACGUCCUCCCGUUUACAGGCGACGUUGUGGAAACGUUUGUCCGCCUCGUACGUUUGUGUAAGUCAUGUGUUGACAGAGGAUCGGCACAGACGUUUAAUAGUUAGAUGCACGCUUCUCUCAAGGUAAGAUUUGGCUCUAACAGAACCUCAAUUCUAAGCAAUAAAAGCAGCACUAUAGCAAACGUUACACUGAUAGAUAAGCUAGUCUGUCCUCUAGUCAGCCGUGUCUCUGGGUCUCUUCAGACAUGGCUGAAUGCUGUCUGCAGCUCAUUGGCUGAACCUGAGGUGUGUUCAAGUCACUGGAUGCUCAUGGUUACUGGUUUCCUGACAAAUGUCUCUCAAUCCUUAUUUAUAACAAUUUAAACAAUGAACAGAUUUUAAAAAGGAUUAUUCCCAUUUGACAAACAGGAAUUAACCUGAUAUCAAAAUGUUGUCAAGCAUUCACACCAUUCGGACCAAUACCCAUUUUACCGUCCCAGACCAAUUUAGAACUCUGGUUCUAAAAGCCCGGACUUUGGGACACUCAUUAUCCAAUAUCCAGGAAUGGUUUUGUGAGAUUUUGUUUGUCUUUGUGUCGUUGUGGGGAGGUCUGUGAGGCAUGUGCCCCCAACAUUAGCGAAGCAGCAACAACAUGCUAUGACAACUUACAAAGACAGGAUCAACAAGGGAAACACGUGUAAUGUGACUCCUCCUUCCUCGGGUUAGAGGUGGGCACUUUGAAAGCUUUGGGGAGAUCCGUAAACAUGAGCAUGUCGCAGUUGUCCAGACUUAAGAAGUCGUACAGUGUAUGGCCAGCAUUACUCUGUAGCAGCAUAGAUAAGUGACAUUAAGUGGCGACCUCAGGGUGUUUUUUACCUUACAGACAGACACUGGGUCUGUGCCAUGUGGCUUUAUAGAGGAGAAGUCAAAUGGGCGUGACCUAAGGUAACCUCAAAAGACACCUUUUUUUUUUAAAUGAAAAAUGCAACUAUUUUAUUACUAUUUGGGGUGGGUGUUUUGUUUCGCCGUUCAGUGUUAAGAUACAACUAUUUUUCUAUCUUGAGUAUUGUUUUUAGCUAAUGUGAUUAUUCGAUGUAAGCGUGUAUAUUAUCACUGUUGUUGUCCUUAUUGUUGUGUGUGUUUUAUGAAACUGAGAUGAGAUCAAAUUGCCAACACUGUGUCACACACACGCACACACGUGCACACGCAUUACACAACCAUCAAAAUUGCCCAGACAAUGAAUGUAGCCAAAUACUAAUGCUAUAUUAGCUAUGCCUUCCCGGAUGCUCCUAUUGAUUUGCUCUAUAUCACGCUACAAUAUAUAUUUUUUAAUCUCAACAUUAUGGUAUUGCUUGAAAGUAUUCAAUAGUUAAGACGAACACACUCAAUUAUACACAAACUUGUCUGUCUUGCAUGAACACACAGAAACCUCUUGCACUGGUGAUGGCCAAACCUUGCAUUGAUGCUUAAUUGUACAGUGUUCAAUGUUUAUUAUCCAUAGCUGUAGAUUUCUCAAGAUGAAAAGUAAUGCUAGUGAAAUGUCUGGUCCAGUAGAGAUCUACAAUUUAAGCAUUAUUUCCUAUAUAGAUAUGUACAUGCCUACUCAAGCUGCUACUCAGGUAGUUUCAAAAUGCCUACCCUGGGUCGGGUUUUCCUGACUCCUACUCAGGGGCUGAAGAAAGAGAAUGCGGAGUUCUUACUCUGGAGGGCGCAACAUUACUAAACAUUCAAAUAGAAAUGUAUGGAGUAGAACCAAAAGUAUUGUGUUAUAUAGAAUAUAGGGCAUCAUGUCAGCUCUGUAUUACAUUUAAAUACACCAGAUGCAUAAACUGUUUCAGGUUUACAGCAGUCAAACCUUUACACUGCCACGCUGUAUUUAAUACUGUGUAAUAGCAAUGGGUUAUGUUACUGAGGGGUAAAUAUGGAACCACUAAGAUGUUGAAACUAUAUCAGGAAAUCUUCCAAGAUCCGUAACCAUGAAGAUUGUUUGUACAUCAACCUUCCCCUUCUCUGUGUCAGGGUUAGAACAACCUAGAGCUUUCCCCCAGGACAGCACUAGACAAUGAGGGCAGCAAGCUAGUUGUAUGAUUUUUGUAUGGUUGUUAAUUUUAUGGACACUGAAGUUGCAACGUUACAGAACAGGAUGUUAUUUAGACCAGAUUCUCCAAUUCUGUAUAGUGAGUCAUGCCAUCUUGGUCAAGUCAGUGUCUACCUGCCACGUUCACUUACAGACACAGUUUGUCUCAGAGCGAGUUUGGGAUCUCUUUGAAUAUGCUUCAUAUACGGGUUGUAAUACAGUUGCCAAUUCCCUUAGGGGAUAUAGUCAGGUUCUAACACAAAACAGGUUUAUUUUUGUACAUUACUCUUACCUACCACAGUCCAAGGUGUAUCCUGCAGUUUAACGUGUCAAAUCAAAAAUUAUGAUAGUUUGGCUCGUAUUGUUUAUUUUAAAUGCCCCAUGACCUCUGACGUGUAAAGGUGCUGAUUAAUCUCACAGCUUCCACAUUCCUCUGGGGUGAGCAAGGCUCUUAACAUUGUUUCUCUCACCUUUCUGUAAUCCUGGUGUGCGCAGACAAUCACUGUACACACAUCAAUAAACCUCUUUAUGAA